AUGGGUGAGAAUAUACCAUUGACGAGUACGACUUCCGAGACCGAAGGCGCGUACUCCCCCCCCUCUCUCUUCGAGCACGCUCCGCCCGCCGAGAACGCGGAAAAACACCAGCACGCGGAGCAAUGGGCGCAAGACGGCGAUAUCAAGGUCACAGUAUCCGAGCACCUCCUGUCGCACGCCGUCGAUUCCCAUCCGCUGAAGUCCAAACCGCAGGAAAAGAAGGCUGAAGCUCGAAAAUCUGCGGCGAAAAUUCCUCAUCAGAGCUUCGACGAUUCGACGGCUGGCGGCUGGAACGAUUUUGACAAAUCUUCCGCCAUUUUCAAUUUCAACGAGCGCCCCGUGCGCGACGCGGAAUGGAUGUUCGUCUUCGCCGUGCCGCUCGUCGUCCUUUUCGUUGCGGCCCUCCACGCUUUCGUCUACUCGCUUUACGAAUCCUCAGGCCCCCUCCUGAUUUCUCCCUCCCUCUACCCGGUUGCCUUGAUUCUCCUCUUCGCGUUCAGCCUUCCCCUCCCCAUGUUGAUCGUCUCUUCUCUCCGCAAAAUCCCCGCUCGCGUCUUGAGCGCGCUCUUAAUUUUCGCCGCCGUGAUCUGUGCCCUGCAAAGCGCCACCUCCGCCGUGCAUUACUACACGACGCCCGCGCUCGUGCCGCCAAAUGCGGCGGACGUAGCCCCGGUGGUAUACGCGCCAGUCCGCGAUGGCUCGUCGAGUGACUUUUCCGUGAACACGGACGUUGCGGAAAGCGCGGAGGGGGAGAGCGAGAAGACUACAGACGAAAUGAUAGAACCGGCUAUUGAAGCCUCAGAAGGGGGAACGGAAGGGAGAACGGAAGGGGGUACGGAAGGGGGUUCGGAAGGGGUAACGGAAGGGGGAACGGAGGGGGCGAUGGGGGAUUACGUAGAUGUGCAGGAGGACCCAUCUGAAGCGGCGGUGAGCAUCGCUGAUGAUGCGGCAGCCGAGGUAGCGGCAGCGGCAGCGGCAACGGCAGCGGCAGCGGCAGCUCCUAGCGGCAGCAGCAGCAGCAGCAGCAGCAGCGCUGCAGCCACGAGCGACCUCGGCAGGGGCCUCCUGGAGCUCACACUGCCCGCUGUCGCACACCCCGUGGUAACCGUUACCGCACAGCACGUCGCCCACUGGGCGCGCGCCGCCCACUCCGCCGCCCACCAGCAUCUCCAAAGCCACGCGUCAGACGCGGGGAAGAGAGCGCGUGGGCGGUCCUUGCAAGGCGAGAAUCGGCGAGACGUGGCGCUGUAUUACGCAGAUCUCAUAACCCGUCCUCUCUACUUCAUCGCAUUCGUCGUCUUGGGGCUGCUCAGCGUCGUCGCCAUGCUCCUCGUGCUACGCUGCAACCACCACCUCCCUCUCGCCGCCUCUGCCGUUGCGCACGCUGCUCAUACGGCCAUCGUCCAGGCCCAAGUCAUCUUCUUCAUGCCACUCCCCAUCAUGCUUGCAGCUUUGUUCCUGGGCCUCCCUUUGAUGUAUAGCCUUGAGGGUGAUACUAGUGACAUCCUCUUCGUCCUCCUGCUACCCACCUCUCUCUUCGUUGUCCAAGUGCUCUCAGCUCUCCUCACCUACUCCACAGCAGCUGUUUUCGCCCGGCUGUACGUCACGACCAGCGGCGGCAGCAGCAGAAGUAGCAGCGAGGGCAGGAAGGCGGGUGAAGGUGAAGAGGGCGUAACACUGAGAGGCCAGCUAGAGCUCUUCUCCUUAGCCUUCUCCCUGGCUUGCACCUCAUCCCUGGGCACCUGCUGUGCCGUUGCCAUCACCUCCUGUGCCGCCACCGCUGUCAAACUCCUCCUCUCCUCCCUCUUCCUCGCUCUCUUGGGCGAGAGCAGCCUGGGCUGCCUGCUGGUGGCUCUGCUUCACUGCACACAGAUUGUCAUCCGCUUCUUCCUCACCUGCCUCGUCCUCCCCACCGCUGCCAUGAGCGGCCAUGGCUUCACCCGCUCUCUGCGCCUCUCUCUCGACAUCCUGCAGCGCUUCCUCGCGCCCAUUGUCAUGGCCAAUGCUGCUGGACUGGCCCUGCUUACCAUGCUGGUGGUUCCCAUUGUCAUCAUUUACAACAUCGUCGGGCUAAUUGGGGUCUUUGUUCAAGGGGCGUUGUUUCCACUGGGAAAUAGUCCUAUGCAGCUAGGGGGUCUAGCUGUCCUCAUGGAAGCAUUAUUAAUUGUUUUUGUGGUUUCUCUUCUAUCCGUUGUAGCACUCGCCUCCGUCCUCACAACAGGGGUUGCCACUACAGUGCUGUGUUUCGCCUGGGACAAGAAGCUUGAGCCAGAGGAGGGCUCUGAUGGUGCUGGCUUGGUUGGUGAUGAAUCUGGUAUAUCCUCUGCAGAUGUCAAGGAUACUUGUCCGGUGUAG